GUGCGUUGUUUUCAGUGUUUUAAUAAGUAAUGGAAGAGAGGAAGGCGCUUCGUACGCCGAAGUGUGCGCGGUGUCGGAAUCACGGGGUGAUCUCGUGCUUGAAGGGGCACAAGCGGCUGUGCCGGUGGAGGGACUGCCGCUGUCCUGGGUGCCUGCUGGUGCUGGAGCGGCAGCGCGUCAUGGCCGCGCAAGUGGCUCUGCGGCGUCAGCAAGGCGCAGGCGGGGCGGCGCCGCGCGGCGAGGCAGCAGCGCUUGCCGCGCGGAAGCGCGCCUACCGCGCGCGCCUCCGCUGCGUGCAGCUCUCGCGCGUCACCGUUCCUCAAUACGGCGAGGGGCUGGCGGGCGGCGACGCGGCAUGGAGCGAGCGCGUGCGGCGGCGGCGCGCCUUCGCCGACGCGGCGCUGCAGGCGCCCGCGCCCGCGCCGUCUGCGCUCUGGUGCCGCCACCUGCUGGCCGCGCUGCUCAACUACGCGCCUGUCCCGCCUCCGCCACCCACACCCAAGAUUUCUUUCUCUAUUGAGUCUAUCAUUGGCGUGAAGUAGUUCACAGUACCUGUUCGUUCUUUUGUAUCGACCCGUUGGCGCGAGCCUUGUUGAAACUGGUAUUAGAUCCACUAGAAAGGGGGUCGGUUCAUUAGAGGCAAAAUUGCGCGUUAGCGCUAAAUUACGCCCAUAGAAAUAUUUAGCAUGGCCAAAAAAAUCCCGGGUCUAUCCCAAUGAUGGAGCAAAUUUCCUCUAAAUACCUAUCACAUAGUAUAUUUCACGAUUUUUAGUACCCUAUCGUAGUGAAUAUUCUGGCUCUACAAUAGCAAAUGCAUAAGUGUAAGAGUGCCAAAUAUAUUAAUAAAUAUAAGAGUGCCAGUGUUAGGUGAAGGUACAUCUUGUUAAGUUGCUAAUAUACCAAAGAUUAGAUAAAAUAGCUGUGUAUUCUUUUACUUCUUUUAAGGCAUUUGAAAGAAUGUAAAAAGGAACGAGAUAAUAUAAUAUAGAUAUAAAAGUUUAGUUAAA